GCGAAUAAACUAAUUUCAUUAUGUGAUCUCAAUUGUUUGAGUCGCUACCACAGUUUGUUAUAUAGUUGUUCAUCUAUCGGGGUGGCAGUUAUAUUCUUUGGAUGUGAGCAUCCCAAGCGUCAUGUGAUAUGGAGUUUCUGUUGCUGAGUUAUUAUUUUCCUUCCACUUAUGUUUGACCAGCCUAGCUUUUUAAGUGAAAUGGACUUCCCCAGUUUAGUUGGUAUUAGUUCCUUGCGUAUUCCUCAACACCCAAACUAGAAUAUCGAGCAGAUCAGGACGACAUGUUCCAGUGGGCGUGGUUGAAGCCAUGACAGUGUUAAAACAUCCAUUGCCCAGUGCAUAAAGGUUUGUUGGUUUUGAAAAACAAAAGAUGAAAGUAGUAAUGGAACUAGGAAGCUUGAUCCAUCCAUAGCCAGCAAAGGCCAUCCGAGGUAUAGACAAUGAAUAAGGUCCCAGUGGGCGUGGUUGAAGCCAUGACAGUGUUAAAACAUCCAUUGCCCAGUGCACAAGGGUUUGUGGGUUUUGAAAAACAAAAGGUGUGUAACUAACAAAAGAUGAAAGAAGAAAAUAGUCGAUGGAGACAACGGCGGGAUUGGGAUUAUGGUUCGAAACCCUAGCUCUAGAACAUGAAUCUUUGAUGCAUAAAACAGCAAGAAGAUGCAGUGAUCGAGUAGGAACGCAAAGAGCGAUGGUCUUGAGAACUACCCCCGGCGAGAAACUUGUGACGAAACUUGUGACGAGAAGGUACAGAAACGAAGCCAAAUUCACAGUCCAACCAUUAGUGUUUUCAAGGGGAAUACAUCCCAGUGGUCGUGGUUGAAGCCAUGACGGUGUUAAAACAUCCAUUGCCCAGUGCACAAGGGUUUGUGGGUUUGGAAAAACAAAAGAUGAAAGAAGAAAUGGAACUAGGAAGCUUGAUCCAUCCAUAGCCAGCAAAGGCCAUCCGAGGGAAUACAUCGCAGUGGGCGUGGUUGAAGCCUUGACAGUGUUAAAACAUCCAUUGCCCCGUGCACAAGGGUUUGUGGGUUUUGAAAAACAAAAGAUGAAAGAAGAAAUGGAACUGGGACGCUUGAUCCAUCCAUAGCCAGCAAAGGCCAUCCGAUGUAUGGACAAUGAAAGACAACUUAUCCUGAAAUAAGCUUUGAAUCAUCAAGAAUUCAAGAUUUGUGGAGUUGGGUAAUAGCUUCAACAACUCAUCAUCCUUCACCUGUAUUUGCUGGAAGUUUGGCAUCUGGACUUUCAGCUUUAGACNGAAUAUCCGCUCUUAGGUUGCUUCUAUGAACAACUCAUCAAAAUAGAUUUAUUUUUGUUUUUCUUUAAAAUAAAUUUGUAUCUAUUUUCAUUUGAGGUGCAUGAUAUUUAACAGUUCAUAUAUUUGUAAGUGUGCUUUCCAAUCCUAAUCUUUUCAUGCAUGAUUUUUAUAGAAGACAACUUAUCCUGAAAUAAGCUUUGAAUCAUCAAGAAUUCAAGAUUUGUGGAGUUGGGUAAUAGCUUGAACAACUCAUCAUCCUUCACCUGUACUUGCUGGAAGUUUGCUUUAGACUUCCUUCAUAGUUCUAGAGAUUUUGUUUGUGUGGUGCCAUUGAAGGCCACGGGUAGUGUAAGAUUGGGAUCCAAGAAUAGAGAUUUUGCAGUCACUACAUUGCUUAGGAAGCAAAAAACAAACAUGACUAUCCAUCGCCACAACCACAAGAAAUUGAUUCAAAUGUUAGGGGAGGAGUGCUUUGCUAUCUAUAUCCUUUCAAACCUUUGGAAGAGAAGCCAAAGCCCGUCAUAUUAAACUAUGAGAAACCACUUAUUGACCUACAGAAGAAGAUAAUUGAUGUUCAGAAGAUCGAAUGAUACUGGGCUUGACUUCAGUGAUCAACUUAUACUACUAGAAAUCAAAUAUCUGCAGGUUCCUUUCCUUGACAAUAAUCAAAUCGGCAAAACCAGCAAUUUGGUAUAAUAUAUAAGCAGGUCUACCAUUUCAGAAUUAUCCUUUCUCCAAUAAUCUAUAUUUAAAAGACAGCAUACACCCAAAGUUUUAUUGCAGCUAAAGUACUCACGGAGUGUAUCUUGGAGCCUAUGCAAAAUAGUGAGAGACAUGAGUACAUCCAUAGUGACUGCUAGCAAAGCUGCCCGCACUGCACAGACCAAAGAGGAUCCCGAAAAGAAGAAUGCGAAUGAAAUGAGGCUCUUGUGGUUUUGGUCUCUCUUCAACCAAAGAAUUUCUAUUUCCUAAUCCGCUCUUUUUAAUUUAAACCUAAACACUGAAUAUUAUGCCUGUGACAACAUCACUGAUAGUAUUGGAUAAUUUUAUGAAGCUUGCGGCCUAGCAUGGUACAUGCAUUCCAGUGCAACAAACUAUGGUCCUCACUUUCCAUUGGUUAACUUGGUGUCUUAUUGAGAGUGCAAAGGAUUUUGUUUUGUUUUUGAACUCAUAUGAAUAAGUAAUGUAUUAUUUAUACAAUGUUAGUGUAUGUGCUGAAUUUUUAAGGAGUUAAGGCUUAAUUUGUUGCUCCAUUUGGUUUCAACACAUCUUCUAAGACAAAUGAUAUGUAUUGUACACACUACACAAAUAGUCUCUCUGUCUGUAUUUAAUCUUAAUGUUUUGUCCCUAUUUAAUCUUAAUGUUUUGAAUUAUGAUUUUUUUUUUGCUCAAGUGGAUUUUAGUUCAACUUAUUUCAAUAUUGGUGAAAAAUCAAUUCCCUCUAUGUCAUCCGGUGUAACGUUUGUUCUGGUUAAUGUUCUUGCAAGUAAGUUUCAUGAAUCUCUUUUCGUUCUCUGGGAGUAGAAAAUGCAAUCUAAGUUAGUUACUCGUACCAUUCCUUUUGAAGAAACACCUUCGGUGAUGGAGAAAUCAUAUUGUUUGGCAUAAAUCAUGGGAGAUAGGUUAGUCACUCCCAAAUAUCAAAAUGAUUUUUGAUCAUUCACGCAAGGGCAGUGGAAAUCAUUUAGAUUAAUUGCACUGCUAUGAGUUGAUAAAUAUUAGUCGUGACAGAGAAAAAGGUAUCACAUAAAAGAAGCGGUGCUGGACGGCGGGAUUCCGUUCAACAAAGCGUACGGAAUGAGCGCAUUCGAGUACCACGGGACCGACCCGAGAUUCAAUAAGGUGUUCAACCUCGGAAUAUCCGACCACUCCACCAUCACCAUGAAGAAGAUUCUCGACGAUUACCGUGGCUUCGACGUCCUCAAAUCCCUGGUGGACGUCGGCGGCGGCACCGGCGCCACCCUCAAAAUGAUUCUCUCCAAAUACCCACACAUCAAGGGCGUCAACUUCGAUCUGCCCUACGUCAUUCGCGACGCUCCUCUCUCCUGGCAUCGAGCACGAGAUGGUGAUAGGGACGACGAUGAUGCGGUAGUCAGCGAUGGCGCCGGGGCAAUGUUUGGGCGGCAAUGGAGUUGGGGCAGUUGUGGGUGGCGAUAUGCUAGGGCCGCGGUGGGCAGCGCAAUAAUUCAAAGGAAGGUAUGAGGGUACUUUAGACAUUUUAAUGCCAUAGUCAACAUUCACUAAAAAUGAACAAAAGUCAAACUGGGAACGUCUUUCCUAGACGGAGGGAGUAUAUAUAUGCAUCCCAUUAAGGCCCAGGUCCAGCGCCCCCUUCACCACUUAUCUUAAUCUACCCCCUUAGCCCAAUGCCCCAAUUCAAUCCACUCCUCACCCGGAUGGAGAAAAAAAAGGAAUCCUCAUACUACCGAAGAAAGGACGCUGAAGAGCGCAAGAGCCGAUAGCAGAAGAAAGGACACCGAAGAAAGGACGCCGGCACGCCGCCGUCAUGCCGCCGGAGGCCGACCUCCACCCUCCAGGAUAGUUUUCCAA